AAUGAUGGGACACGUUAUGGGAGUUUUGUGUGUUUUUCCCUGUACGUUGCAAAUUAAGUGAUUCAUUCGUGAAUGUCGAUCGUAGCCAUUCCCCUCUUUUCCUUUGCUGGAGGGUUGGAUAGUACGUUAAACCUGGCUGACAGGAACCUGGAUUAACAUCAUUUUAGUCUCAACCGCUUUGAGUCUACAUGCAAGUAAGAAAAAGAAACAUACAGUGGUGGAAACGUGAAACGAGAUGUGAGAGUUGUGUGGAACUUCUGUUCGUAAGAGGUUCUGGAAACUGUCAGGAGUGUGGCACAGCACUACGAAGAAACAAUUUCAGAGUACAACUCUUUGAGGAUCCUACAGUGGACAAGGAGGUAGAGAUUCGAAAGAAAGUAUUAAAAAUAUACAACAAAAGAGAAGACGACUUUUGUACUUUGAAAGAAUAUAAUGAUUUUCUUGAAGAGGUUGAAGAUAUUGUGAAUAAUUUGACCAACAAUAUUGAUGUAGAGAACACCAAAAGAAAAAUGGAGCAGUACCAGAAGGACAAUAAAGAUAUUAUUUACAGAAACAAGCUAAAACUGAGCCGGGAGCAGGAAGACUUGGAAGAAGCUUUAGAAUUUGAACGGCAGGAGAGUGAUCAAAAACGUAUGCUUCUUCUGAAGGAAGAACAAAUGCAACAGUUGGCAAAAAAGAAAAAUAAAAAGGCCCUUAUUGAUGAUCUGGAAAGCUCCCAGCUGCCUGCAAGCAUGCUUUUGGCUCAGCAUAAGGAUCGGGCUGCACAACUGGAAACACAGUUGGAAACACAGCAGCAAGUCAGAUCUGUCACAUUCUCAACUGGCAUUAAAAUGGGUCAACAGAUAUCUUUACAGCCAAUGCCAAGGAUAGAAGAAACACUGUAUAUCUACCAGCCUUUGCAAAUAGAGACUUAUGGACCGAGAGUGCCAGAGUGUGAGUUGCUUGGAAAACAAGGGUACCUGAACCAUGUACGUACUGCUACAUCCCAGGAUCUUGCUGGAGGCUACACCUCUUCACUUGCAUGUUAUCGUGCCCUGCAAGAUGCAUUUAGUGGACUUUUCUGGCAGUCAAGCUAGCAUGAUGAACAGCAGGAUUCUCAAAGGUAGCCAUUGGAUUGUUACCAAGAACUUCAACAGCCAUAAGGAAAACUAACAGCCAUACCACAGCUGAAUGGAAAAUUGACUCACAGCCAGGGAAGUUGAAUUUGGACAGCUGUUUGGAGACGGCAGCUGAUAAACUCAAAGAUUAGCAUUUUCUAUUUGCAAGCAGUGUGUUGGGAUCCACUUACAGGAAGAAGGAGAUGCAGGCGAAAUACUUGUCACAGAUGGUAUGCAUCGUUUAACAAUACUUGAAGGUUGAGAAAGCAUAAGUGUUCCUCAGCACAACCAAAGAUGAUAUCCUUGGGCUCAGUAAUGAUGUUUGUAUGGGGUAAAGCUAAAAACUCCUGUGCUGGUCCUGUCAAGUUGUCAAAAUUUUCAUUUAAUUUGAAUAAAAUGUAUUAAUACCUUUUUACCUUCUGAUUAUUUUCAUUCACUUCAAAAUGAAUUACAACAACUUUGGAAGAGAAUAUA